UCUCAUUUCUGUUACACACUAAAACAGAGCUAAAGCAGGGUACUCAUGCUUUAUCAAUCCACAUAUGGAUGAGUAUAAGGUCGGAACAGAAAACACUACUCAAGUUGAAUCUCAAUCUUCUAAGAAAAAGGCUCCUCUGAACAAGUAUGCUCUCGCUUGCGCCCUUUUGGCCUCUACCAAUUCCAUCCUCUUGGGAUAUGAUAUUGGAGUGAUGAGUGGAGCUGUGCUUUUCAUAAAGGAUAAUCUCAAGAUUUCAUCUUCUCAGGUAGAAAUCUUGGUGGGGUCAUUGAAUGUUUGUUCUCUAAUUGGAUCAUUUGCAUCUGGCAAGACUUCAGAUAUGAUUGGUAGAAGAUACACAAUUAUCUUGGCAGCAGCUACUUUCUUGGUCGGUGCACUCCUGAUGGGACUGGCUCCUUCUUACCCAUUCCUUAUGGCAGGAAGGGUCGUCGCCGGAAUCGGCGUUGGUUAUUCACUGAUGAUUGCUCCGGUCUAUACUGCCGAAGUAUCGCCGGCCAUGACACGUGGUUUGCUCACAUCGCUCCCUGAAGUGUUCAUCAAUGUUGGUAUCUUACUAGGCUAUAUUUUCAACUAUGCACUAGCUGGUUUACCAGACCACAUCAACUGGAGGCUAAUGCUUGGAAUUGCUGCCGUUCCAGCUAUUGGCAUUGGCAUUGGUGUAUUGCAAAUGCCAGAAUCCCCACGGUGGCUUGUUAUGAAAGGCCGUAUAGAAGAAGCGAAAAGAGUGCUUCGUAAAACCUCAGAGAACGAUGAUGAGGCCAAUUUGAGACUAGAAGAAAUAAUAAAAGCUGCUUCUCUUGUAGGCCAAAGUCCAAGUGAUAGCACAGGAUCAAUUCCAAGUAAAUGGAAAGGCCAAGGGGUUUGGAAAGAACUCCUAAUGCCAAGCCGGCCGCUUCGCCGGAUUCUUGUCGCUGCCGUCGGUAUAAACUUCUUCAUGCAAGCUUCCGGAAAUGAUGCGGUGGUUUACUACACGCCAUCCGUGUUUAAUGCUGCUGGAAUUCACAAUCGAAAAGGACUAGUAGGUGUGACUAUUGUCAUGGGGAUAGCCAAGACAUCAUUUUGUAUUGUUUCAGCACUUUUCUUGGAUAAUUUCGGAAGGCGGCCCAUGCUGUUGUUGGGUACAACAGGA